AAUAUUUUCCGCAAAAAACGCAAAAAAAAAACGCAUUUCCCGUCAAAAACGGAAAAAUUCACAUUUCCCGCUAAAACUACAAAAUGCAUUUUCCCGCAAUAUCGCGAAAAAAAAAACUUUUAUUGUCAAACCCGCAAAACACACUUUUUCGUUAAAAACACAUUUUCCGCCAAAACCCCAAAACGUACUUUUUCCGCCAAAACCGCAAAAACGUAUUUUCCGCAAAACUCAUAAAAACGUAUUUUCCGCCAAAACUAUAAAAAUAUUUUUUUUCGCUGAAAGAUAAAAAAAAUAUAUUUUAGUCAUUUUAUUAACAAGUCCACGGUCCACUUGAAAGUAGAUGCAAGUUAAAAAAAAUGAACAUAGCUGCAUUCAGAUGAUUCAUCUGGAUGCAUGGACGAAAUGAGGAAACAAACAACACCCAAACGAAGCAUAUGGAUAAGACAUCUAGAUAGACCAUUUGGACGCAUCUUCUAGAUGUACAAACGAACGGGGCGUAUCUUUCUCCGAUAUACAAUCGAAAUCGCUCGUUGCACACGGUUGGUCUAUGAGAAAUGCAACUUGUUAGACACGAUAUAUAUAUUACCCAAAUCUUUAGUGUCGUUACCAUCUUUUUUUGUUCUUAUGGUACAAAAAGUUUGAUCAUAUUUCUUAUCCUCAAGACUUUUAUUACAUUCUGGAUCUGCCUCUCGUACAAUAGACUCACUAUCAUAAUUUGCAACUUGACUCCACGGAGCUGUCCACGAAUUAUGUAAUGCUAAAUGUAAUAGCCAGAGUCUGAUAGUCACGCGUUAAUCUAUACUCUGCUUGGUGAUUUUCUUUACAUUUUAAUUUCUGUCUAGAUUUUAGUAAUACCAAAAAAAACUCAAAAGUAUGAAAAAAUGACCCCAGUUAGUUAAAAAAAUAUGAUCCGAGUUGAGCAGUUGCAAUUUUUUCUAUACAUACAAGAUACAUAAUGGACAAAGGAGAGUACUCAUAUGUAAGAAAGAUGUCGAUAGUGGAGAUCAGCGGAUGCUGUCGCCAAGAGCACGAGAUUUAGAUUCUUUUAGUUUCGCUCUAAAUUUUCUCUUUAGAUACUGUUUAACUGAUUUCAUCUCCAUAUAUGUAUUGUUAUAGAUAAAUGAAAAACCUACAAUAUUGUUAUUCUCUCGUAUCUCAUUCGAUCCUUCAUUCCGCUAUAAGUCAGCAUACCACAUGCGUAAAUUGUGUCAUAUAAGUUAUAUUUUGGGUCUGUGAUAAUACAUAUGUAUAUAUAAAUAUUGAUAACAGUCUCCCGAAGUUGAUAUAAAAUGAUAUGUUCAUUAAUUACCAGAACUGAUAAUCAAUUUUCUUCUAAUGUUUCCAAAAAUAUAACGUGAAUAAUAUCUAUUGACUCAACAUAAUACACAAUUGUCAAUUGGUGUUCAAGUCUGCCAAGAAACAUCUAUACGUACUUCACUACUGUUACCGCCGAGCAAUUAAAAACUCUAUAAGUACUUAUUUACAUUUACAGAAAAAAAAACUCCGCCGUCAAUGCAAAGCGAAGGUGACACUUGGGAUAGCGCCAUGGUCCGUGCUUAUUUCACUUGUCUAGCUAUCCCAUUUUCUCGUCACUAGACGUCGAUAUAACCCAACUACUGUACUUUUAAUUUUAGUUGUGUUCACUAUUGUAAUUUGUAAAUAAUACAGUGCGAGAAAUGAAUAGACUCGCAUUAGCCAAUGGAAGUCCAGUCAGACCAAUGAGAAGUCGACAGCAAAACCUAGUAAGCUACUCCUGUUUUAUCCUUGUCCAAAACCAGCUUUAGGUUUCCCUGAAACCGCUCAUACCAAAAUAUCUUCUCCUUAAAUAAAGAAAGACUCUUUCACAUUGUUAUUUUCAUCAGAAGGGAAAGAAGAAAAACUUUCCUAAUUAGAUCGAGCUCGUCGUUAUCUCUCUAUUAUAUUUCUUACUGGGGCUUGUUUGGUUGCUUCUCUUUUUGGACUUCUUUUAUAUAAUUUAUAUAUUCUACGAGAAAUGGGAAGGGGUAGGGUUGAAAUGAAAAGGAUAGAGAACAAGAUCAAUAGACAAGUGACAUUUUCGAAAAGAAGAGCUGGUCUUUUGAAGAAAGCCCAUGAGAUCUCGAUUCUUUGUGAUGCUGAGGUUUCCCUUAUUGUCUUCUCCCAUAAGGGGAAACUGUUCGAGUACUCGUCUGAAUCUUGCAUGGAGAAGGUACUAGAACGCUACGAGAGGUACUCUUACGCCGAGAAACAGCUAAAAGCUCCAGACUCCCACGUCAAUGCACAAACGAACUGGUCAAUGGAAUAUAGCAGGCUUAAGGCUAAGAUUGAGCUUUUGGAGAGGAACCAAAGGCAUUAUCUGGGAGAAGAUUUAGAAUCAAUCAGCAUAAAGGAGCUACAGAAUCUGGAGCAGCAGCUUGACACUUCUCUUAAACAUAUUCGCUCCAGAAAAAAUCAACUAAUGCACGAGUCCCUCAACCACCUCCAAAGAAAGGAGAAAGAAAUACUUGAGGAAAACAGCAUGCUUACCAAACAGAUAAAGGAGAGGGAGAGUAUCCUAAGGACACAUCAAAACCAAUCAGAGCAGCAAAACCGCAGCCACCAUGUAGCUCCUCAGCCGCAGCCGCAGUUAAAUCCUUACAUGAUCUCUCAUCAGGCAUCUCCUUUCCUAAAUAUGGGGUAACGUGGCAUGUACCAAGGAGAAGAUCCAACGGCGGUGAGGAGGAACCGUCUCGAUCUGACUCUUGAACCCAUUUACAACUGCAACCUUGGUUACUUUGCCGCAUGAAUGGACUCGCCAUAUAUCGACAUAAAAUAAUUAAUAUAAGAUCGAUUUUUACGAAUAAUAAUACGCAGCAAUGGUUAGCCACCAUAUAUACACUGGAAAUUCUAUUUAUCCUUAAUUAAUAUAUUUUAACUUUUUGAGUGAAACUGUUCUGUGUAAAAUUUGUUACAUUGAUUUAUACUACAUAAACCCUCCAGACCAAACUCGUCUCCACGCCAACUGAUAGAUUCCCUAGACAUGCUACACACUACAUGACUCCGACUAAUUUUUGGUUUGGCGUUUUCUAGCAAAAGGUUUUUAUUGAUUGUGUUAAAUUUUACGCUAUCCACGAUAUUUAAAAUUUUUCAAACUUAUUUUUGUUGCUCCUAGUGAACAAAUCCUAGGAGCCACUUCCCCAAUGUCCUUUGGUGGAUCCAGAUGAACUGUGUGCAUUACGUUUGUGUUCAUUCUAUCAUAGGUAAUUUGAACGUUUCGCAUGUUGGUAACAAAUAUGUGAUUGACCAGAUUUUUUUCUCCGAUUUUUUUGGCCGGAUAAGGCCUGAUUUACCGUUGAGAGAUUCGCCGCUGCGAAAAGAAAAUAACUUUGUAUCAACUAUUU